AUGACGAUAAGGACGACGACGACAACGACGAUAACCGGUGGAAGUGCUGCUGCUGCUGCUGACUUUCCACCCGGAUGCACGGGGAACCGGGUCCUGCCCCACCAGGCCGAACCGACAGAUGAGCAAACGGAGAAAUUGUACAGAGAUUUAGCACUAACCAAAUACUGGACAGUUGAAGUUGAAGUCUUCGGAGCGGACAACUACUCGAGCCGGCGAAGAAAAUCCUGUUCCUUCGAAAGCGCAGCGGCCAAAAGCGCCACCAGAAGACGACAGCGAUCCACUUCAAUCAGGAAACCGACAGCAGCAAAAAUAGAGCUGAAACGACUCGCCAGGAUCUAUCGGAGCGUGCAGAUUCAGAUGGACGACAAGAUCAAAGAUUUCAGUAUCAACAACAAGGUACUUUAUACCAACAACGACAACACCAACGAGAUUUCCAACCGUUUCAAAGACAACAACACAGUUUUGAGCUACGAGAAUUUCAACCAUUUCAAAGACAACAACGAAGUUUUGAGCAACGAGAAUUUCAACCACAUCAACUGCGAGAUUUACAACAAUUACAACAACAACGAGAAGUCCAACCAUUCCAACAACAGCAACAUGAGAACCAACAGUUCCAGCAACAACUUCAGCGUGAUCGAGAGCUAA